CGAACGAGCUAUUUGAUGGUCUGCACUCACACCUUGUGUCUAAGAGGCGGGGGCCUCGGCUCCUUUAAGGCUAUGAGGAAUUAAACCGGCAGCGAAGGCAGGCGAGAGUGUUAUUCUGUAAUGCUCCAAGGCAGAGAGGGUAGCGCAGAGACCAAUGCCAUUAUACCGGCUGGGGGAAGAAGAUGCGUGAGCUUGCUGCCUUAUGGCCGGAGAGAGGUGGUGAAGAUGGUCUGAGUUUUGGAUCUAAUCAUUCUGUCGACCGCUUUAGCUUUUCCACUCUUGGUUUUCAUUGUUGUUGAAUUCUCAUGACUUCUUUUUCUUUUUCAGUUGCUUUUUAAUUUUUUUCCAAUUCCUUUUUUUCUCUUUCUCUCUCUCUCUUCCUCUCCGGACAUGCUUUCGUUUUAUCAGUUUCUUACUUCAUUUCAAUGACACAUUUGAUUCACGCAUCCUUACUCUCUAAGUUUUGUUUUUUGCGUUCGUUUGUUUUCCAACCGUUUUGCCACCUGGUUAUAGUACGGAGCUGCCGCCUUUUGCCAACGCCGCCGCUCUGACUCAGCAUCGCACCUGGACGACUGUGCGCGCGGAAGCCCCUUUUAGCUGCUCUGUGAGGCGCAGGCAAGGCAACAGCCAGGAAACACCGGAGCACACGGCAGCCAGCGCGAGUCCCAUCGCAGCUUUAACCUAGACAAUCAUACAAGCACAUCCGCCCUUCCAGCGCACAGACGGGAGCGGGUGAGAAGGAAUCGGAACACCAGCCUCUCGGAGCGCAGCCGUGUGACAGAGAGAGACGCGGAGGUAGCCACAGUGUAAAAUCCCCUUCUUUUUGCACGGAGAGCUGGACUGCUUUUCUUAUAACCUUGCAACUGGCACAUUUAAGGGUGAUCAAGAAUAACCACUGGACAAAGUGCGAGGACAGAGACGAGAGAAGCCUAGCUGAGGGAUUGAAAGGAGCGGGGCAUGUGGAUAUUGGCUUUUAUCUUUUCCCAGAGCAUCUUGAAUGUUUUCAGCGAAGAUCUACAUUCCAGCGUAUAUUUUGUCAAUGCAUCUCUGCAAGAGAUAGUGUUUGCCAGCACCACAGGGACGCUGGUUCCCUGUCCAGCUGCGGCCGUGUCUCCGGCCACGCUGCGCUGGUACCUCGCCACCGGGGAGGAGAUCUACAACGUCCCAGGGAUCCGCCACGUGCACCAGAAUGGCACCCUCCAGAUCUUCAACUUCCUGCCCUCCGGCUUCAGCAAGCUCAUCCACGACAACACAUACUAUUGCACUGCGGAGAACCCCUCAGGGAAAAUCAGGAGCCAAGAUGUUCACAUUAAAGCCGUAUUCCGGGAACCGUGAUCACGGUCUUGCGUGGAGGAUCAGAAAGCCAUCUUGGGCAGCGUAGCGGUCUUCAAGUGCAUUAUCCCUACCUUCGUGGAGGCCUACGUCUCGGUCGUCUCCUGGGAGAAGGACACCAACACCCUCGGCUCAGAUCCCAGAUUUCACAUCACACCCUCGGGAGCCUUGUAUAUCCUGGACGUGGUGACGGAUGAUGGGAACUGGAACUACCGUUGCUUGACGCGGCAUCGCUACACAGGCGAGACCAGGCAGAGCAACAGCGCACGUCUCACAGUAACAGAACCCAUCAACUCAGAGCCUACAAUCCUGGAUGGCUUCGACCGGCGGGAAGUCAUGGUGUCCCACCGGGUGGAACUGCCCUGCAAGGCCAUGGGGUACCCGGCCCCCAAGUACCGCUGGCUGAAGGACAACAGCCCCCUGGAGCGGGACAGCCGGUUCCGGCAGCUCAGCACGGGCCUGCUGAUCGAGAACGUGAGGCCAAGUGAUGCCGGAAGCUACGUAUGUGAGGUGUGGAACUCCCUGGGCAAUGCGGCCAUGGUGGGGCAGCUGCAGGUCAAGCAGCCCCUGAAGGUGGUAGUGAGCCCCCACACUCUGAAGAGCAGCGUGGGCAGCCAGGUGUCCCUCUCCUGCAUGGUCACUGGCUCCGACAAAUACGAGCUGUCCUGGUACCGCAACGGGGAGAUGAUCUACCGCGAGAAAGGUGCCAACCAAGAGACGCUGGUGAUGGAUGGCAUGGUGAAGAGUGAUGGAGGGGUGUACCAGUGCUUUGCCAGGAAGGGGAAGAUGUCCGCCCAGGACUUUGCACAGGUCAUCUUGGAAGACGGCACACCAAAGAUCCUGUCGGCCUUCAGCGAGCGGAUGGUAAACCUGAACGAGCCCGUGUCGCUGGUGUGCAACGUGAAGGGGACUCCGCGGCCGGCUGUCACCUGGACGCUGGACGAGGAGGCCAUCACGGACCUGGGACACUACCGCAUGGGCCAGAUGGUGACGCCAGAGGGACACGUGCUGAGCUACCUGAACGUCUCCCACGCCAAGGUCAACGACAGCGGCAUCUACCGGUGCUCCUGCAACAAUUCGGCCGGCGUAGUCUCCUACCAGGCUCGAAUAAACGUAAGAGGGCCCGCCAACAUCCGGGACAUGAAGAACUUGACCGCCAUCGCUGGGCGGGACGCCUACAUCCACUGUCGGGUGGUGGGCUACCCCUACUACUCCAUCAAGUGGUUCAAGAACUCCGACCUGUUGCCCUUUAACCACCGGCAGCGCGCCUUCGAGAACAACGGCACGCUCAAGCUCUCCAACGUGCAGAAGAGUGCCGACGAGGGCGAGUACACCUGCCGCGUGCAGGUGCACCCGGACCUCGAGAUUAGCAAGAGCCUACACGUCACCGUCAAAGAACCUCCCCAUAUCCAGCCGUUUGAGGUGCAGGGCUACUCCAUCGGCCAGCGUGUGCUCAUCCCCUGCGUGGUCAUCUCGGGCGACUACCCCAUCUACUUCACCUGGCAGAAGGACAGCAGGCCCAUCCCGGCCAACCUGAGCGUCACCAUCGACAACAACGAGUUCUCCAGCCUGCUCCGCAUCGCCAACCUCUCGUCCGUCCACAAUGGGAACUACACCUGCAUCGCCCACAACGAGGCCGCCGCCGUCGAACACCAGAGCCAGCUCAUCGUCAAAGUUCCCCCGUCCUUCGUGGUGCAGCCGAUGGACCAGGAUGGGAUCUAUGGGAAGGCCGUGGUGCUUAAGUGCUCCGCAAGAGGAAACCCACGACCCACCAUAGUCUGGAAACACUCACGAGGUAAAGGUGUUCCCCAGUUCCAGCCCAUCCUACUGAACUCGGGUUCCCGCAUCCAGCUGCUGGAGAACGGUUCUCUGCUCAUCAAGCACGUUCUGCAGGAGGACAGCGGCUACUACCUGUGUAAAGUCAGCAAUGACGUUGGAACCGACAUCAGCAAGUCCAUGUACUUCACAGUCAAAAGUAAUCCCCUGGCGAUCAUCUACUGCAUCUCCAACACCACGCUGGCCACCAAGGGCAAGAAGAAGGAGAUGAGCUGCACGGCCAAGGGGGAGAAGCCCAUCAUGAUCCGCUGGGAGAAGGAGAAGGAGAUCAUCAACCCCGAGAUGAGCCGCUAUGUCAUGACGGUGCGCGAGGUCGGAGACGAGGUUAACUCCACUUUACAGAUCCUGAGCCCAGUGCGUGGCGAUUCCGGUUUCUUCUCCUGCCACGCCAUCAACUCCUACGGGGAAGACAAAGGCAUCAUCCAGCUCACAGUGGAAGAGCCUCCGGACAGCCCCCUGGUGGAGAUUCGCGACGUGCAGGACCGCAUCAUCACCCUGCACUGGAACAUGGUGUUCGACGGUAACAGCCCCAUCACAGGAUAUGACAUCGAGUACAAAAACAAAACAGCUCCCUGGAGCUCGGCCAUCACCACCAAGAACAUCUCCCCGUCCCUCUAUCAGGCCACUAUCAUCGACCUGCACCCCUCGUCCACCUACAACAUCCGCAUGAUCGCCAAGAACCGCAUCAACAGCAGCGCGCCCAGCAACGAGCUCACCAUCACCACCGACGAAGCCAGUCCCGACGGCCCUCCACAGGAGGUGCAGCUGGAGGCCCUUUCGUCCCAGAGCGUCAAAGUCACCUGGAAGCCUCCUCUGCGGCACCUGCAGAACGGCGUGAUCCGCACCUACCAUGUCAGCUACCGCGAGUACACCAAAGAGCAGAACCGCCAGCUCACGCGCAUCACCGUGGACGCCACUGGUGACCAGGAGACGGUCACCCUGGACAACCUGCGCAAGUUCACGCUCUACGAGGUCAUCGUCAAUGCCGAGAACCGAGCUGGCAUGGGCCCUGCCUCUCAAGAGGCCAUCAUGCGUACCCUGGAGGAUGUUCCCAGCCAAGCCCCUGGUAACGUUGUGGCCACCCCCAGUUCCCCUGAGGCCAUCUUUGUCUACUGGUCCCCCCUGCCUAACGAUACACUCAACGGUGUGCUGCUGGGCUACCGGGUCAUCUUCUGGGCCAACCUGGCAGACGGAGAGCUGGGUGACAUCCGUAACAUCACCACACUGCAGCCCCGACUGGAGCUCGAUGGCCUGGAGAAGUUCACCAACUACAGCAUCCAGGUGCUGGCCUUCACCCAGGCCGGGGACGGCGUCCGCAGCGGACAGAUCUUCGCCCGCACCAAAGAAGACGUCCCUGGCCCUCCGGCUGGUGUGAAAGCAGCAGCUGCCAGCAGCACAGAGGUGUUUGUGUCCUGGCUGCCCCCUCUGAAGCUCAACGGCAUCAUCAAGAAAUACAAGAUCUACUGCUCCUUCAACUACCCCACGGUAAACAACGACAACGACGCCCCGCCUGAUAAGUACUUCUACCACAUCCACGGCCUGCGUCUCAACCAGCGCUACAGCAUCUGGGUGGUCGCCGUGACAGCAGCUGGCCCUGGCAACGCCAGUGAGAUCAUCACAGUGGAGCCGCUGGAGAAAGCCCCUGCCAGGAUUCUCACGUUCAGUGGUACAGUCACCACACCCUGGAUGAGGGACAUCGUUUUACCCUGCAGAGCUGUGGGAGAUCCCGCCCCCACCAUCAAAUGGCUGAAGGAAACCAACGGCACACCAGCCCCAGUCCAGAUCGACGGCCGCCGCAGCGUGCAUAGCAACGGUAGCUUCAUCAUCCGCACUGUGAAAGCAGAGGAUUCUGGGUACUACAGCUGCGUGGCCAGUAAUAGCUGGGGAUAUGAUGACAUCAGACUUAACCUCCAGGUUCAAGUACCACCUGACCAGCCGCGGCUCACCGUCACCAAGACGACGACCACCACCAUCACACUGUCGUGGAUCCCUGGGGACAAUGGAGGCAGCUCCAUCAGAGGCUACAUCCUGCAGUACUCGGAGGACAACAGUGAGAAGUGGGGGAGCUUCCCCAUCAGCCCCAGCGAGCGCUCGUACCGCCUGGAGAACCUCAAGUGUGGAACGUGGUACAAGUUCACCCUCACCGCGCAGAACGCCGUCGGACCCGGGCGCAUCAGUGAGAUCAUCGAGGCCAAGACGCACGGCAAAGAGCCCCAGUUUGUGAAGGAGCACGAGCUGUUCGCCAGCAUCAACUCCACACGUGUGCAGCUCAACCUGAACGGCUGGAACAACGGUGGCUGCCCCAUCACGUCCUUCAUCGUGGAGUACCGCCCGGUGGACAGCAACACGUGGACGCGGGCCCAGCGCAGCUCGCUGACCAAGACCUACAUCCUCUACGACCUGCAGGAGGCCACGUGGUACGAGCUGCAGAUGAAGGUGACCAACAGCGCUGGCUCCGCCGAGAAGCGCAUCAACUUCGCCACGCCCAACGUGGACGGAAGCACCAUAGCCCCCCUGCUGAACACAGUGGUGGAGAGCAGGGAUAAUCUGCCCGGCAACCAGGGCCUGAAGAUGGUGGUGCCCAUCAUCUGCAUCCUGGUGGCCAUCGGCAUGGUCUUCAUCCUGCUGCUGGUGCUGCGCAGGAGGAGGAGGGAGCAGAGGCUCAAGAGACUACGGGAUGCCAAAAGCCUGGCGGAGAUGUUGAUGAGUAAGAACACUCGGACGCCGGACACAGUCAACAAGCAGCAGCAAACGCUGCGGAUGCACAUCGACAUCCCGCGGGCACAGCUGCUCAUCGAGGAGCGCGACACCAUGGAGACAAUCGAUGACAGGUCCACUGUGUUGCUGACUGAUAAUGACUUUGGGGAGACGUCCAAGCAGAAGUCCUCCACUGUCACGCACACAGUCCACUACCAGUCCCUGUCCCAGAGUACCGGCCCACUGGUGGACGUGUCUGACGCCCGACCUGGAACAAACCCCACUGCCCGCCGCACAGCCAAAGCCGGCCCUGCCACCCGCAGCCGCUACGCCAGCCAGUGGACGCUGAACCGCCCGCACCCGCCCAUCUCCUCGCACACGCUCACCACCGACUGGAGGCUACCCACGCCGCGAGCCACUGGCUCCGUAGACAAGGAGAGCGACAGCUACAGCGUCAGCCCCUCACAGGACACAGACCGAGCCCGGAGCAGCAUGGUGUCGACAGAGAGCGCCUCGUCCACCUACGAGGAGCUGGCGCGGGCCUACGAGCACGCCAAGAUGGAGGAGCAGCUCCGCCACGCCAAGUUCACCAUCACCGAGUGCUUCAUCUCAGACACGUCGUCCGAGCAGAUGACGGCCGGCACCAACGACUACACGGACAGCCUCACGUCCAGCACGCCCUCCGAGUCGGGCAUCUGUCGCUUCACCGCCUCGCCGCCCAAGCCUCAGGAUGCCAGCCGCGUCAUGAACAUGGCCGUGCCCAAAGCCCACAGACCUGGUGGUGAGCUGGUGCACCUGCCCCCGUACCUGCGCAUGGACUUCCUGCUGAACCGCGGCGUGGCAGCGGCGGCGGCGGCGUCCUCGUCCUCCUCGUCGUCGGGCCGCGAGGCCACUGGCCAGACCUGCCUGGAGCCGCAGAAGAGCCGCACGCUGAAGCGGCCGGCCCUCACGGUGGCGCCCACCCCGAGCGACUCCACGCCCGUGUCCUCCUCGGGGCCGCCCAGCCGAGAGGUGCAGCAGUGGCAGCCUGGGACAGCCUCCACGCUGCCGCAGCGGGAGCCGGGGGACCUUGCCCAGGCUCAGGCCGCCAAACUCAGCAGCUCCCAGGAGUCCCUGCUGGACUCCAGAGGGCACCUCAAACAGAGCAACAACCCUUACGCAAAGUCCUACACCCUGGUAUAACACAGGGGGCACCCCGGGUGGACAGGCACCUGUCCACCCCACCCUCCCCAAGCCCCCACCACUACCCUCAAGGACAACCCUCCCCACCCCCGUCCAAAAACCCUCAGCCCAAAACCCCCCCACCCUACCCCGCCCCAGGCCCCCCUAAUGCCCCGCGAUUCCUCCACUCUUUCCAUGGGACUGCACUUAAAACUGGACAGCAAAAAGAGCUCUAUUGCUAAGAGGAACACUUUUCAAAAACACAGGAAAUGAGUUGUACAUACAUGUUUCUGAAGUCCGAAAAAAUGGAUGGUUUGCUUUGGAUUCUGUCUCUUUCUGUCUCUUUGAUUUCUUUCUCUCUCUUCCCUUCUUUCCUCUCUCUCUCUCUUUCUCUUUCUAUCCCUUUCUAUACAUAUUUCUUUCAUACUGUUCUGCUUAUUUUCAUCACAUUUUUUCUCCCUUUUCUUUCUCAGUUUGAUUUUCUACUCAAUUAAUCAUUUAUUUUAACUAACACCAUUAUGAAGAUUGCCAAAAUUAUUUAUUUAAAUUGACAGAGAAAAUACUUUUGAAUUUAUAUCAAGGAUAAUUCUAUAGUCAUUAUUAUUAUUAUAUAAAAUAGAAAAAAAAUAUCUAAAAACAGAAAAAAAAAGAAUUGGAAUCGAGUCUUCUCUGUGGGACAACAUUCCAUUCUUUACUCAUUACUUUUUUAUGUCGGAGUGUGAUUAAUGAUUGACUUGCUGUUUUCUAUGGCAACGUCCAAUGAGAUCGGAGGACAAGAAGAGUAAUAGAGAGGCUCACGCCCAACUUGUCCAGUCCGCUCAGAUUGUUAUGUUUUUACAUUUCCACGGACUGCAUGGAGGACUGAGAAAAAAAAAAAAUAUGACAACUAUAGUUACGGCUGGAGACCUAAAAAGAGCGUUUUUGUCACACUAGGGGAUUAUUAUAAUGUUAAUAAUAUAUAAAUAUAUCUAUAUAUAUAAAGAGAGAUCAUUUUUAUUUGUGGAUAAUACAGGGAGAAAUGAUUUGGUAAAAAUAAAGUCCUUAGUCAUGUUUGCAAUCAUCUUGUUUUGAUUAGGAAGACACUGGGUACUCGCUUCCUCAUGUUUCCAUCCUCUCACUGCUCCACAGAGAACACAAGUUGGGUCACUCCAAAGGACACUUAUCUAGAAUGUUCUUGACCAACACAGGUUGGUUCACUCCAAAGGACACUUAUCUAGAAUGUUCUUGACCAACACUGGGCAGACAAGAGGAGGAAAUCAGAGUAAGUUGUGUGAUACAUACUGUGAAAAGAGGUGAUUUGGACGACUGUGACCGCAAGUGGAAAUUGAUGAUUUAUGAUGACCAAAAUUAACAAGCCAGCACGUACAACCCAAUUAGUUAAAACCACUGACAGAUACAACCGAAUUAAUUAAGCAAUAACAAUGAAAUAUGCUCAUUAACAAUUUAAUGAUCAGUGCAAAUCCUGAAUUACUAACAAUUAUGAAUGUAUUGAACAAUGGAUAAUGGGAAAAUGACAAGGAAUUGAUGACUAAUUUUGAAGAAACUAAUAACUAAUAAUGAUGAAUAAUUACAAAUAAAGAAUCACGCUUAUGACAUGAAAA